GCAUUGUUGUCCUAUUUCAGGCGCCGUGAAAUUAUUUUACGAAACUAUACACCCCAGCAAAAGGCUCCGCACUAAGGAAGAAGCAGGCUGAACCGAGAAAAUCAAUGGCGUCAAGCAAGAGCAAGAUAUUGAUAAUCGGAAUAACAGGCAAUCUAGGGCUGGAAAUAGCCAAAGCCAGUAUAAAUGCUUCUCAUCCGACUUUCGGGCUUGUCAGAGCCUCCGCUUUCUCUGAUCCAAACAAACUCCACAAAAUCCAAUUCCUGUUGGAUUCUGGAGUCACACUUCUUAAGGGUUCAUUGCAAGAUGAAAUGAACUUAAUUGAAGCGAUCAAGCAAGUCGAUGUUGUAAUUUGCGCUGUUUCCUCUAUGCAAGUGCUUGACCAGAAGUUGCUUAUUCCAGCUAUUAAGCAAGCAGGUUGCAUCAAGAGGUUUUUUCCAUCUGAGUUUGGAGCAGAUCCAGAUAGGACCCAAGUAUCUGACAUAGACAACAACUUCUAUGCAAGGAAAGCCGAAAUUAGGCGCCUUAUCGAGGCUGAAGGCAUUCCUCACACCUACAUUUGUUGUAACUUCUUUAUGACCGUUUUACUUCCGUCGUUAGUUCAGCCAGGCCGGAUAACCCCACCAACAGACAAAGCUAUAGUAUUUGGAGACGGAAAUGUUAAAGGUGUUUUUGUAAAGCAAAGUGAUGUUGCGGCCUUUACCAUAAGUGCAGUGGAUGAUCCACGUACUCUUAAUAGAACUAUAUACUUGAGGCCACCAGGAAAUGUUCUCUCUGUGAAUGAGCUGAUUGAGAUUUGGGAGAGAAAAAUUGGGAAGAAUCUUGAGAGGAUUUACGUUACCGAAGAAGAGCUUCUGAAGAAAAUUCAAGAAAGACCGUAUCCGUACAACUGGGAGCUUCUCUUCAUAUACUCUGCAUUUGUAAAGGGAGAUCAUACAUACUUCGACAUAGACUCAUCUCUCGAAGGAUCGAGGCUGUAUCCACAUAUCAAAUACACCACAGUAAGCGAAUAUUUGGAUACCCUAUUGUAAGUCACUCAAAUUUGAUACAAUCUACAGGAUUGUAUUUCCCCUCAAAUUUUUUGAUAUGAUCAAACUGUAAACAUCUUUUGUCAAUUCAUGUAAUGUUGACAGCACACUGCUGACUGUCUAGCUUAAGUGACUUUUAAUCCAUGCAUUUUUUUGAGCAAUCUGCUGACAAAUACUGUUACAGAUUUCUUUUCCUUUGUAAUAUCUAAAACAUGUCCUAUAGGGUGCAUUUAAUCUACCGUAGUAUGUUAGUGUGGACACUAAUAAGUAGAAUAUUAUCAGGUUGGACAGGAAUAAAGUCGUUUAAGGUGUAUUGCCAUUAUUUGCA